AUGGCCGUGGCCCAAAAGACCUCUUCUGAAAACACCUUCCACCAUCCAUUCACGCCGUAUGAUAUACAGCUUCAGUUUAUGCAAGCAUUGUAUGAAUGUAUUGAAGAGGGUAAGGUUGGAAUUUUUGAGUCACCCACAGGAACCGGCAAAUCACUCAGCUUAAUAUGUGGCUCUUUAUCAUGGCUUCGCGAUCAUAAGCGCGAGAUUUUUCUCAAUACCGUUGACCAGUCGCUCUCUGACGGGGAGCCGGAAUGGAUUCUGGAACAUUCACGGCGAGAAAAAGCAAGGUCUGCAAGGGAGAAAAGAAAGCAAUUGGAAGACCGCUUGGCGAAAGUGCGUGCGGAGGAAGAGCGUCAACGAAAGAAGUUCGAGGAUGGUAACCUUCCUAAUAAAAGAAGGAGAUUGAAUGCGGAAAAUGAUGGUUCUAAACAAGACCACGAUGAGAGUCAGUUUGAGCUGGAAGGGUACUAUAGUGACGAUGAUGAACGAGUUGCUGCAAGUUCAAUGACGAAAAGUGACGGCAUUUUCUCUGUGGAUACGCUGGCUUUGCUUGAGAAGCUAAAAGGUGGUCCUGUUGAUACGAAUGUUGACAUUGAGCAGGAAAACGAAGUUCAGGUUUUCUACUGCUCAAGGACACACUCUCAACUGACCCAAUUCGCCCAUGAGCUCCGGCGAGUAAAUUUACCUCCAAGUAUACCUCCCGAAGUUGAUGACGAUAAAGCUGCUGCAGAUGCUGUGUCGAACGGGAUUGACAGCUUAGGAGAGACUCUGAAGCAUCUCUCCCUCGGGUCUAGAAACACACUUUGUAUCAAUCCAAAAGUGCGAGCUCUUGGUAACCCAACAGCUAUAAACGAAAGAUGUUUGGAGAUCCAACGCCCGGAAACACCAGCUGAGCAUAAAUGCUCAUUCGUACCCAACAAAGAGAAUGAAGUGCUUGUCAAUGAUUUUCGCGACCAUACUCUAGCCAAAGUGCUGGACAUCGAGGAUAUCGGUAAGGUAGGGUCUAAAAUAGGUGUGUGUCCCUACUACGCCGCCCGGUCCAUAGUUAAGUAUAGCGAGAUCAUUACUUUACCAUAUCCUCUUCUCCUCCAAAGGUCUGCACGAGAAGCAUUGAACAUCUCUCUCAAACAUCAUGUUGUAAUUAUCGACGAAGCCCACAACCUCAUGGACGCCAUUUCUAACAUACACUCGGUUUCUGUGUCGCUGUCACAGCUCAAAUUAGCUCUGUACCAGCUCACCACGUACGCCCGGAAGUACAAAACCCGCCUAAAUGGGAGCAAUAGGGUGUAUGUCACGCAGGUCAUUCGGCUCGUGAACUCUCUUUCCGAAUACCUGACAAGGGUUUUGGAACGAAAUCGGCCUGCUGAAGGUGUCUUACGCCCAUCUGACAUCAUGACAGGGAAAGGGGUUGACCAAAUCAACCCGCACAAGCUCUCACGGUAUCUUCAUAAGAGUAAACUGGCACGGAAAGUUGAUGGUUUCAUUGAACAUUCAUCAACGGAGUCACAAGGCUUAGCGGAGAGUAAGAAUGCACAACGAUCCUCAACCCCUGUUUUAUUUCAGGUACAAAGCUUCCUGCUUUCACUGAUGAACCCGUCUUCGGAGGGGAAAUUGUUCUUUGAAAAUACCCAAAAUGAUGUGCUCAUGAAAUAUAUACUAUUGGAUCCUACCAACCACUUCCGGGAAAUCGUGGAGGAUGCAAGAGCUGUUAUUCUUGCAGGAGGUACAAUGUCGCCGAUGGAAGAUUACGCAGACCAUUUGUUCCCGUAUUUGAGUCCCGAGCGGCUCAGAACUUAUAGCUAUGGUCACGUCAUACCGUCAGACAACCUAACAGCAAUGCCUGUGACAAAGGGGGCGUUCAAUACAGAGUUUGAUUUUACUUAUGCGAAACGAAACGACGAAAGCCUGAUAAUGGGCCUUGGUAGAACCAUAGCAGCAUUAUGUCGCGUUAUUCCAGAUGGCGUCGUAGUUUUCUUCCCGAGUUACGAUUAUCUCAAUCAAGUAUUGACGAUAUGGAAGAAGCUCCUCCCGAACAGCCAGUUGAGCGUGCUUGAUUCCAUCCAGAAAUCAAAAGUGCUGUUUCAUGAGUCUCAAGACAAGGCUACAAAUACCGACGAGCUACUCCAAGGGUAUUCCAACGCAAUUAAUGCCGGAUCUGGUGGCGGUGCACUACUUCUUUCAGUCAUGGGCGGGAAGUUAUCAGAAGGAAUCAAUUUCUCCGACAGGCUUGGCAGAGGUGUCAUUGUGGUCGGAUUACCGUUUCCCAACCUCCGCAGCGCGGUAUGGCAAGCGAAAAUCCAGCACGUUGAGCACAAAACAUACGAGCGGGAGGAUGGCCAGGGGAUGUCGGAGGAAAGCCGGAAAUUGACGGCCAAAGCUGCAGUGAGGGAAUUUUAUGAGAAUUCAUGUAUGAGGACUGUGAAUCAGUGUAUUGGACGGGCGAUCAGACAUCAGAAUGAUUACGCUGCGAUUAUCAUGAUGGAUAGGCGAUAUGGGACCCCUCGUAUACAGAAUAAACUGCCUAACUGGAUUCGACAGAAUUUGGUGGCAGCGGCAUCUGAGCAGCCGAUUGAGAGGACGAUUGGGGAUAUUUCCGCAUUCUUUCGUAAGAAGCGCGCGGUAGAUACAACUACGACGGGGUGA